UCGUUUAUUAACAAUUUUCAUCAUGAAGCAUAUGCCAUGGACAGGGUUACCAGGUCAAGGGAAGUUACCCAAGGAAACUUUCCGCUCUCUCUCUCUUUCUCUCUCUCUCUCUCUCUAUAAGUUGCCCCCGUCUCCUAUCUCUCUUCCCUCUGUCCUGGACUGAAAGCUAAAACAUCGCUCCAUUUGAGCAUUCCAUCUCUUCCUCUUUCUGUAUCACGACAGCAAGCCCUCAUUGUCUCCUUUUCUCUUACACUUUCUCUCUCUAGGACUUUCAGGCUUAUUAAGAACCCGUGAAUUCUGUAAAUUUGGAUCGAUUGCCAUAAUAAAAGUGUUUAAUUAUCCCAAAGCUAUCUGAGACAAUCUCUAUAUACAUGUGAUCGUGGCUGUGUUGGUUUCAGCAAACAUGGGGCAGGCUAUUCGCAAGCUUUUCGAUAGCUUUUUUGGCAACCAAGAAAUGAGGGUUGUGAUGCUUGGCUUGGAUGCUGCUGGUAAAACAACUAUACUGUACAAACUACACAUUGGGGAAGUUCUAUCAACUGUCCCGACAAUUGGUUUCAAUGUAGAGAAAGUCCAGUACAAAAAUGUGGUCUUCACAGUUUGGGAUGUUGGUGGGCAAGAGAAAUUGAGACCUCUAUGGAGGCAUUAUUUUAACAAUACAGAUGGGCUGAUUUAUGUUGUUGACUCCUUGGACAGGGAGCGAAUUGGAAAAGCAAAGCAGGAGUUUCAGGCCAUCAUAAGAGAUCCCUUCAUGCAAAACAGUGUUAUCUUGGUAUUUGCAAAUAAACAGGAUAUGAAAGGUGCCAUGACACCAAUGGAAGUGUGUGAAGGGCUUGGGCUCUAUGAUUUGAAGAACAGGAGAUGGCAUAUUCAAGGCACUUGUGCCAUUCGAGGAGAUGGCCUUUAUGAGGGGUUAGACUGGUUAGCUGGAACUCUCAAAGAAUUACGUGCCUCUGGUUUUUCCACGUCUGUGGGCACUUCCUCUUUCUAACAUUCAGGCUGAGUUGAUAUGGACUACAAUUGAUGGCACUGUGGGUCAUGACUGUGGCUCCUAGCUGACGAAUGGGAAAAGAUAAGCACAAUUAAAUUCUUGUAUAUUGAUGGUUGUACCUUACCCAUCUUGUCACAAUUCCUUAGCAGCAUUAAUCUAGUGUCACUGCUGUGUACUCUUACUAUACAUGGAAAAUCAGUGGAUCUGAAGAUGGGCCAUUUCAUGGUUAGUUCAUAUGCUAGAAAUAUUUCUUUAACAAACACAUUGUAUAGAUUUAUUAUUUUUCUGUUCUGUUUACCAUUGUAGUUGCUUUUUAAUGUGGAUUAGUUCUAUAUACUGGUUCACUCU